AUGUUCAUCGCUUACCUGAGGUCGCUGAUAGUUGCUUGGUUUGCUGUGCUCCUGGGACGCGCUACCUCUACUGAGCACACAAGUGGCGAUAACGACGGUAUUCAUCUUGCCGUGCAUCCUACAUGUGGGCGAUUUGGAGGCAACUUCACUGAUGCCAACGCGGGCGUGAACCUGAGUCGUUUCGAGACCAUCGUGUCAUUUGGCGACUCGUAUACUGACGGAGGACGAUCCAAUGGAGGACCCCUCCUUCCACCAGUUAUCAUUCCACCAAGCAGUUUAGCCGGAAACCGAAGCACGAAUGGUCGCGUGUGGUCGGAGAACAUCGCGAAGGAUCUCAAUGCAACUUUCAAGGACUAUGCCUUGGCUGGCGCGGUAGUGAACCUCACGCUCUGGCCGAGCAAUCCUACGCCUGUCGACUUCUUAUACGAGAUGUCCGUAUUUCUGAACCAGUCCAACAAUCUGGAUCCUGAUACCACGCUGUACACGAUCUUCUUCGGUAUCAAUGAUUGGAUAGCGUCCAUGAUCGAUGGCGAUCAUCUUCCGGAAGCCGCACAGGACUUACUCAACCAGAUUCAGAUACUCGCGAGUCCACCCACAAACGGUCGCUCCUUCCUAGUGACAGACGUUUACGGUCGCGGGACACACACCGCCACAGGAGAAGCAUGGAAGCAAGCAGUCUUUGACGGACUGAGCGCCUUUGCCAGCGGUACAGGCGUCCCAGCCUCUCUCAAUGUCGCCUACGCAGACUUCUCGCACAUCUGGGACGGUGUACUCGACGGACCGCCUGGCUAUGCCGCGUUUGGCUACACCAACACGAGCUCGUGCGUCAACGGACCCACGUUGGAAGGUGAAUGCGACGAUCCUGAGCAUUACUUCUACUGGAUUCCAGGGUGA